AUAAAAGCUGACGUGCCGUGCCGCGCCCAUGGCGUCCGUCCGGGAUCGGGAACGCACCACUCCCAGUCUCCCACCGCCGACGAGAUCCGGCACGCAAACUUAACGCCGCCGGGGAGAUAGUGGGGGAUCUUGAAUCGGCGCGACGACUCCGACGCGCCCACCCGCCAUCGCUUUCCGCUCACCUCAUCACCCUGCUGGCCUCCCUCUCCACCCUUCCCCUGGUUGCGGCUCGACGACGCCGUUAAUACCCCGCCAGGCGCCAGCUAGCUCCGCCCCCCUCCACCUUCCUCACGCGCGGGAACACCACCUCUCUCUCUCUCUCUCUCUCUCUCUCUCUCUCUCUCUCUCUCUCUCUCUCUCUCUCUCUCUCUCUCUCGGUUGUCGACUUCUUGGGUUGCUAGCGAUGCAGCGGCGGGCGGAGUUCAGCUUCCCGGGCUCGCCGGUGCGGGGGCUGCCGCCGCGGGCGUCGCCUCUGGGGAACGCGAUGGCGCCGCGGUACGGGGAGGAGGAGUUCCGGUGGCUGCAGGCGUCGCGGCAGGCCUCGCCGGACUACAGCUCCGGCGGCGGGUCGGGCACGCCGCCGUCGCCGCAGCUGUGGGCGUACCAGCCCGACCUCCACCGGCCGUACCCGGCCUCCGCGGGGAGCUCGCCGUCGCGGGCGCUGGCCAUCUCGGGGUACCGCCGCGAGAUGCUCGACCUCGUCCGCGGCCUCCCCGAGUCCGCCUACGAGCUCUCGCUCCGCGACAUCGUCGAGCACCGGGCGUCCUCCGCCUCGCCGCCCCCGCCUCCCGAACCCCUGCCGGAACCGCCGAACGCCGCCGCCCGACAGAAUCACACCGACGCCGCCGCGCAGGCAAGCGACGAGCCCGCCGGCACCAACAACGACGCCACCGCGGCGGAGGCGCUGGUCCAGGACGGCAAGAAGCAGAGCGGCUCCGGCAAGAAGCAGAGGACGAUGCGGAAGCAGAGGAGCCGGAGCCUGGAGCGGAGCGUCAGCCUCGACACCGGCCUGCUCAUUAAGUUCUUCCUCCCGCUCUCCAUCGGCCGCAAGAAGAAGGUCUCGCCCCGGCCGGACGCCGCCAAGGACGGCAAGAAGAAGGACAAGGAGAAGAAGAAGCAGGGGAAGAAGAAGAAGCAGCAGCAGGAGGCAGCGCCGGCGCCGGCGCAGGAGGAGGAGUGGUGGAUCAAGAGCGAGUUCAGCGAGGUCAGCGAGGCCGGCGGCAGCAGCCGGACGAGCAGCACCGGCAGCAGCAGCAGCAACGGCAGCAUGAGGAAUGGGCAUGUCAAUGGCAGCGUCAACCCAAGAGCUCCGGCAAGGAGUUGGAGCAGAAAGCGAACUGGGUGCUAUCCUUUCUUCAGGGGAAACAAGAGCAAAAAUGGAGUAGGCCAAGACUAGAAUGAUGACAAGGCCACCAUGAAAACGAAAAUGACUCUCUCUGGUGAGCCGUUCUUAGAAAUCAUCAGCAUUGUCACUCAGCACGAGAAAGCUCAAGAAGGCGACAGAUCUCCACAGCUGAACUGAUGCAAAGGUCAUGCAAUGGCUGAUUUUGUACACAUGUAGUGGCAUCUUGGCAAUCUCAGCCUUUUCCUUUCUCCAUGGCAUGUGAUCUCCAUGGUGUAAACAAAAGGACAUAUAAUUUAGGGUCCAAUAGUAUGACUGGUUCAGACAUCAUAGAGAUCGAUGUGGGACACAUCAGUGGCACCAUUGUAUACUCGCUCAAUCUUCUGUAUUUUCUUGACGCAUUCAAAUCUCUCUCUGUCUUGUACUAUCUUCUAUUUGUACAUGUCCUAUGGCACCUUUGGCUUCUGAGACUAAUGUACACUUUUUGUUAGUACUUGUGAAUAGAAAACAGAGGUUGUGCAUGGUGCGCA